AUAUAUAUUUAAGCGAUUAAAGUGGAGUAUCGACGAUAUAAAGCGUAAAUUGAAGAAGAGGUAAAAGCCAUUACUGGAAGGUUUGGCAGUAGCGGGAAUGUUUUGUGUGUGUGUGAGGGAGCAGACGACACAGCUGUGAGGGGCCCUGGGUGGCGGCCAAGAGAUAAUUCGGGAAUGAUAAGAACAUGACCUAAUGUCGAGUGGUGAUGAGGAGGAGAUUGCAGAAGAAAUUCCAGAGUAUAACGAAGAUGAUGCAAGUCUUACCGAUUCAAAAGGAGAGUCAUUUAUAUUUCCAGUUGUAGGUUUACAGGCAGAUGAAACAUCUAUUGCAGGUAUCUUGUUGAAUCAGAAUGAAAGAACUACAGUAGAUGAACAUGCCUGUAUACAGAUUGCAGAAACAUUAUCGCUUUCUCCAGAGGCGAAGUCUCUCCUGAAUGAACCCUUGCACUUUACGAGUAAUGGUGAUGAUCCAAAGAUUAUAUCUCCUGAGACACUGACAAAGAAAAAUGAAAAUGGCCAAAAAGAGAAAGAAGUGGAAGGAGAGGCAAUGGCACCAAAGUCAUAUAAAUCUUUAUCUCAGCAUGAUGACACCUUGCUAAAACACCAAACAACCAAAAGCUGCUCAAAAAGAGAUCACACAAAUUCUCCGGAUGAAUUGUCAGUGUCCAGUGAUUGGUCUGUUGAAAGCUUCAGCUCUCAUAGCACUGGAAAUUAUAGUGAAUAUAUUAAAGAUAGAUCAGUGAGUGAAGUUGCAGUUAGUGUUCCAAAACUGACUGUGAUUUCUUUAGAUUCUGCAUGUAAAGUUAGUAGCUUAGUUAAGCAAUUUAGUUUACAGAAUGAGGACUUGAAUGAUAAAACCACUGACACAGGCCCUAGAAGGCAGUCUUUACCUGUGGACCUAUCCCAAGCUACAUAUUUGGAGGCAAAUUCAUUUAUGUCGCUGCUACAUGAUAAGCAGAGCUCUCUUCGCUUUGAUGAGAGUUCCUGUUCCUAUACAAGCAAAGAAUGUGUAUCCAGUAAGAUUGGCUAUUUUAAUAGACAAGAUAAGGAGGAACAUUUGUGUGAUAAAGGACCCAGAGAAUCUCCUAAAAAGCUGGGUCACUUGUCUCCCAGAGUAAAGGCCUCUUUGGAAAAAAUUGGUACAUGUUUGUCUAGAGGUUCAUCAAUAGACUCUCAUAUUGAUUUGGAGGAAAGACAAAUUUUAAAGAGCAAAGAAAAUUUAACUUUCAAGGAGGCAUCAAAAAACAUACCAAAGAUUUUACUAGCAAGUCAAAAGGAAAACACUCCAUGCCAUAAAACUAAAUUAAAAAAAAUGCUGCAAAAAAUUAAUAAAGAAAAGUUAGUAUCUCUUGGAAAAAUGGAAGAAUUAGGUGAUGUUAAUGUCUCACUUUCAGAGUGUUCGACGUGCAUAUCUUCGCUAGUAAAUUCUAAACACACAAUGCCAAGUGAAAAUAAAUGCACUGCACAAGAAAGUAGCCACCCAGAAAUCACUAAGGUUGCAGCUGAAGAUGUUUGUGAUACAGAAGAAGAAGUAGAAGAUAUGCCAGUAGAGAUGGAACAAAACAUAGCAAGGUAUUCAAAAGUAGAGAAUGAAGAUAUAUGUGUGAAUGAAAAUCAGUUUUCACUGGUAAAUAGUUCACAAUCGUCUAAUGAGCCCUGUUCUCUAGAGCCCUCUAAAUCAUCUAGAAUAUCCCGUGUUAGUGAUGGGGAAGCUGGUGUUGAUUCCUUCCAUAAUAACUUUUCAGAAGGCACCAAAAAGAAAAUCUCUUGUAUUCUUGAUAUAAACACAGAUGAAGAUAGAGAGGUAGUUUGCAAGAAAAGCUUCAAAUUCUUUAGUGAUGAGAAUCUCUGCCAGUCUACAGAUAGUAAUAUACAGGCAGCAGCAAGCUCACAAUUGGAUACUUCUGAUGGCAGACUUAGUAAUACAGCAGCUAAAGCAGGUGAUGGUCCUAAAGUUGAUACAAAUUGUGGAGCGCAGUCAAACAAGCUGAAGGAGAGGAAUAUUUCCGAGGCAUCUGAAUGUCCAAGUCAGGAUGACUUUCCUAUGAGCUUGGAGAAUGAGUCUUGUGAUGAGCUCAUAAAUUUAGAGAUUGAUCAUUCUGGUGAUGAGGUAUUUGGUGAUGAUUUCUCUGAUGCCAGUGAGUUUGUCAUAGAAUUAGUAAGCAAAUCUCCCAUCUCUGCUAUAACUGAGAGAACAGAAGAGUCAGGACAGGAAAAUGAAAAUUUGAACUCUAGACUGGAGAGGGUAUCUGACUUGUGUUCUGAAAACAGUAAUGAGUCUCUGAAACAGACAGUUGACAACUCUAAUCCUGGAAACACGUGCCAAAGUAUUGAACAAAAGAUGGUCAAUGAAAGUGCCAUAAUCCCCACAAGUGAAAAACACUUCCCAUCCCUUCCGCUCAGUGUAGUUAAUGAUUCUAGUCACUUCACUGGUACCUCCUCGGUCCUAGAGGACAGCUUAGUACAAACACAAACGUCCUUGCUAGCAAGGAAUGAAUCAGUUGAUCCACAUUCUAGUCAGUGUUUUGCAAGUGUAGUUGGCCAGUAUAGUUCUAAGCCUGGGACAAAAGCAAAAUUACCAAUAUUAAACAAUAACUUAAAAGAAGACAAAAUUGAAAAAAGUGCCACCCCACCAUCAUCACCUACUAUUAAAACUCUGUAUGGUCCAGUGCGGACCACUUUACACCGUAAUUCAUCAAGAAGUAUGCAUAAUCUGGCCUCAAGCCAUGGCUCAGCGUACAAAAGUCAGGGGUUGCACAAUCGAGCUUUGAGUUUAAGCAAUGAUAAUUUAGAAAGCAACAGUUUGAGAGCGAAGUCUCUCUCUCCAGGUCCUGUUCCUAGACAAAAACUGAAAUGUAGUCCUGAAUCUGAACGUCGAGGAAAUUUGAAUCGUCGGUGUAUUAGUGCUGUAGCCCUAAAUGAGAAUGAGGGUCAAGUCAAUUUGAAAAGAAAUAGGAGUUUUAGCUUAAACAAACUAAAUAGGUCUAGGAGUUCCAGUUUGACAAGCAUAUCGAGUUCAAAAAAGCUUGAUUAUUCCCAAGUUCCUAGCAAAGUUCGACAGUACAUUAAGGAAAUGAAAGAUAAAGAUAUAAGAAAUUCUACUAGGUCUCUCCCUUCUACUCCAGCAAGAAAAAAGAAGCAACAGGCGACUUCCCAAAUUGUAGUUUUAGAUGAAAAAUUGUUGAGGGAAUUAUCACAGUAUGAUGAUGAUGAUGAGAUGCCAGAUGAUAUAAGAAAGAUUAGAGACCAGAUAAUUGGAGAGAAGGGCGAUUCCAAAAGGCUUGAGGAUAUUUUGAAGCUGUUGAUACUUGAACGGAAAUCACGCCAUGCAAGUGACACAACUCUAGCUGCUUUGCAGUUACGUUUCGAUAAUUUGAAUGCUUUGUUUGCUGAAAAACAAAAUGAAAUUGAUCGACUCCGCUUUUACAAGGAUAUACAAGUCAAUAAAGAAUACAUCUUUUCAAUUCAGACUCAAGAAGAAAGAAUAAUUACUAGUGAUAGGUCUUCACAUAAUACAACUGCACCAAACACUCCUAACAAAUCUGCCCAUCAUUAUCUAAUCUCGCCCAACAUGACAAGAAGAUCAUCUUACCAGACCACUCCUCCAAACACUCCAAAUAUUAGAUCUCUCUCACCAACUUUAUCCCACUACAAUAUUAUAAAAACUACCUCCACACCUAUUGCUGAUCCAAACUGGAGCUUUGCUUAUGAUCCCAAUAGUUCAUACAUGUUUCAAGAGAAACAUGCGGGUGGCGUUUCAAGAGUUCAAUGUUCUACGGUAUCUGGGGAAGACAGGAGCAGGGAUAUCAAGAACCAAGAAAGAAAUAGGAAUCCGGAGAACCAGGAGAAAAGCAGGGAUUUGAAGGACCAAGCAAUGAGCAAGGAUUUAAAGACUACAGAAUCUUCCCAUGAUGCAGUCUCUCUAGAAUUGUGGAUGAAGGAUGCCAGAACUGUUCUGAAGAGGAUUAGAGAGUUUGCUUUACUAGAGGGAAGCGCGGCUCUACAGCACAGUGAAAAAAGCAUCAUCUGGAAUAGUAUUUUGCAGCAGUAUUGGCACCUGUCGUAUCGGUUCCCAGUGCUGACACUCUUGGCAUCCUCAAAUGAGCCGGGUAUUUUGCUCCAGGAACUUGGACAAGCCAUACAGGCGACUGCUCAUAGAUUUGAUCUUGAAAUUGUGGCUGGAAGAUAUGAAGAGGGGGGUAGACUGGGUCAGUCAGAGCCAAACAGAACUUCUUGCGUUGACACUGGAAAAGGAAAGGAAAGUUGUGUGAAAAGUGUUUUAGAUGAAGAUAAAAAGUUUAGUGUAGAUGGUGGUGGAAAAUACGGUUCCCCCAAAAUUGUUAGCAAAGUAAUUGAACAAGUGUGCUGUGAAUUAAAUAAUGUUGUACAAAAUACACAAAAUGAUGAUAAAAAUACUAGCGAUCCGAGUUGUAGAGUAGAUGAUCUAAUUGAAGAAGGAAGUCACAAUGCAGUGCAAUAUUCUCCAAAGGAACUUGAGAAGAGGCAGCAUGGUUUGGAGAAAGAUGAUACAAAAUUGCAAGAGAGAAAUGAAAAUCAAAUGUCUAAGAAUGAGAAAAGAGUAGAUAUUAGAGAAGCUAGUGCUCUGUCUGCUAAUAUUCCAAUGGAAGCUUAUCAGCAUAAUUUUAAUCAAGUUGAAGUAAAAAGUACACCACAUGUGCUUGAGCUCGGCACAGCCAUCUUGGGAGGUCUGUCCAGCGGUGUGCCUGUAGCAGAAAAGGUCGAGAUGGGUACAUUAGCUGUUUGUAGUCCUGCUCACUCCAGGGAAUCACUGAAGACUGUAGGGCCGCUAGAGAAGGUAAAAUUAUGGCAGGCAUCACUGGUCGACCCAGAAGUGCCUCAUGCUGCAUACGAGUCUUCAAAUAUCAGUCCAGCUCCAUCUAUUUUAUCUUUGAAUUCUAGCCAGUCGUUUGAUCCUCAUGUAGACCCAAGCAAUAGCUUGACUAAAAUUCAUGUUGAUUCUACACAAAGUCCAAAUAAAAGUGGUACAAAUCUCUUACUAGACCAUGCUACUAAAGGUAAUUCUAGAAGUGUAAGAAGUAAAAUAAUCAACUAUUCACCUCAAGACCACAGUAUUGAUUGUAACUCUCCUCUGCUGCGGUCUCCGGAUAGAUUAGAUUUUGAUCUCCCCAAGUGUUCGUGGAGGAGUAGCAGUGCAACGCCGCGCCUGCCAUGGGGAAGGACAAUUAAAGUACGUGACCUUGACAGUGGAUGCCCUGGCUCGGAACAAAGCACAAGGAUGAGCCAUAAUGCAAGUCUUGAACAGCCAGAACAGCUUGAGAUGCCACACUUUCAUUCAAGCUUGGAUGCCACAAGUAAUGUAAAAGUGUCGUCAACGAUAUUGGUAGAACCUAAUCAGUUUCGUGAACAUGACAAUGAAGAACGUGAAGAAGAUUAUGCUUAUGAAUGUGAGAAUGCUAAUAAAGUUGUAUCGAGAAGCAGUUCGCAUUCCCAUGAUCAUGACAACACUUCAAGAGGUACAGCAGAAGCAUCACCACCAAGUGAUGUUGUUAAAAUGGCUUUUCCAGAGUCUGAAAAAUGUGAAAUUGAAAAUGUUAGUUGUACUGAUAUUGAUAGAAAAAGUAGAGCCUUGUCUGCAAGCAGAAGUAGCAUCAAUAGCUCUAAAAAGAGAAUAGAUCAACAUUAUAGUCACAGUGAAUCACAGGAUGCUAUACAAAAACACAGGCAUGGAAGACCCAUUAGUGCCGACCUUGUCGGCACUAACGGGUCUAAUUAUUAUAGAAGAGAAAAGAGCAGAAACUCUGACUCAAAGGAGAACACACUCCAUGAGGGAGAUGUACGUAGCCGAGACAGAGAUUUUAUUAGUGACGUGCCAUAUGCACAUCAAAGAAUGAAGCCAAGAAAACUUAUGGAAAAGAAAAUGCUGGUGGGGAAAGAAAGAAGUAAAAGCUUCCAAAAUGAUCUUAAAAUAUCUGCAUUUGCAGGCAAAGAGCAAAGUAACAAGAGUAACCUGAUGUCCACAAUGGAUAAAGACAUUUUUAAGCAAUCCAAUACUAAAAAGUAUAGCACAAAAUAUGUCAGUGGAAACUCCUCUGACUAUUCAGAUACAUCUUCAUGCUCCCAAAACUCAUCUAAUAUCUAUAAUAAUAUAACAAAACUUAAAAGAGAUUUGAAUAUUAUAAAAUCACAAAUGAUGAAUUUAACAAGCGAGGUCUUCCAGAAGAAGAGGAGUAAGGGAGAAGGGGUUCAUUCAGGUUCAAAUAAUCAAAGUUCCAGACUGCAAAAAAGGCGGAAACCUAUUAAGGCUUUAGACAUGUCUGUUUACUCCGAAGAGUCUGAACGUGACUCUAGCAUUACAUCGCUAGAUCCUUAUGUACACCAAACACUGGAGGACCAAAAGCCCUGGAGCUCUAAACAUAGGGCCACCACUCCUGCCAAAAUAAAAUCUCGAAAUGGUACAAAGGAGGAGUUUCAUAAGCAGCCCAGAUCUCCUCCAUUAGACUGGAAUGUUAAAGAUUCUUGGCAAGACAAAAGCACAUCGUUUCCAAAUUCCUCUUUGGAGAUGCUCUCCGAAUCAAUGUUUACCGCUGCUAAGAUAGAAAAAUUGCCCAGAAGCACUCCAAAAAAUAAGAAAUGUCACUCUGACAGAUCAAGAAAAUUGUCACCUUGCCCAGUAAAUAGCAGAGCUGUUAAUGAAACUGAGGAUAAGAAAUGUGGAGAGUGUGUUAAAAGAAAUUUAUUUCUUGAAGAUAAUGUAAAAGCUACAAAUGUCCAAGAAUAUUUGACAGAUCAAAAUCAAUCUUCGAAAAGACUUCCAUCUGUCCAUAACAGUACCAAGCAUGUGUCAAUACAAACAGAAAAGAGUAAUAAUAAGAUUAUUCACAUUCCUGAGCUGGCAGAGACUGCAGCCUUGACUACUGGCACAUCUAAUGAAGUCAGCACUGAUGGUACUCACAUUAAACACCAGGGAAAGCAACCUACUCAAACCACAGAUGGACAGUUCCUAAAUACAACAGCUCCUGUCAUAUAUAUUCAAAAUUACAACUGUAGAAAUGAAACUUCACAAGCAGGGUCUGAUGCUGUUGAAAAUUUGAAAUCGCCCCAACGUAGCAGUGAUCGAUGCAAACACCGAAGAAGUGGUAGUGCACAGGAACUGUUGGUUUCCCUAGAUGAAGCAACCACCUUAGCAGAAAGACUUCGGUCAAGGACUGAAAGUAUGUUGUCGUACCUAAAUUUGCACUUUACCGUCCAUGUGGAUCAGAUCCAGUCUUGAAGUACAAGUUUUUGUUCAUGCUAUUCAUUGCAGUGUGCCUUUAUACUGAUUGAUGAAGAUUAAGCCACCUAGAGGUGGUACGGGCAUGAGUGGCCCGUAAUGCCUUUUAUACGUUUGAAAGAACCAGUGUGGGGGGGACAGAUGCAUGAUGAAUGCCUUUUAAUAAUCUGUUACUGACUACAAGUGUGUUGUGAUGUCAUUUGUGCAGCUUACUAACCUUUCAUACUCGUAUGAUUCAUAUCAGCUAGGUUUUGAAAGGCAGAAUUGCAGCUGUAAGAGAAUUUAAAUAUUGUGUUCAGACAAAUUAAAUUUUCUUCCAAAUUGGAAAUAAAUUUUAGGAACAAUAUAAACUAAUAUUAGAGACCUUAUUUUAAAUGGCUUUUUAUUUUAAAUGUCAGAUUUUAUUUUUUAUAUGAUAUAUGUAGCUACAUACAAACAAUUAUGGAUGUUAAGGAAAACACCAGAUUUUAACGCACAAUUAGAACUUUUCUGAAAUAGAAAUAGAACCUAUUUCUGCAGUUGACUGACAAACAGUGAGGUCUUUUGUGUGAGCUUUCUUGCAAUUAACUACAUAAUACUGUAUACUAAAGUAUAGAAUGAUACAAUCUUACAGUACAUAGUUUCAUCAUUAAAUACACGAACAGCAUUCUUAAUGAUACUGAUCUAUUAGUUCAGUACUGUAGUUAUAGACAUAAGAGGCACUAUGUAAUCUGUAUUUUCCAAAAACGCAAGAUGAGAAGGUAUCAUAUAUACAAGUAGAUUAACAAUACAUGUCUGCACGCGACCAAUAGGAUUAAAGGUCCCCCCAAAUUAUUAUGCUGUCGUCAUUACUAUUUGCAAAAUAUCUUACAAUAGUUGCAAGCUAAUGUCUUGAAGCUUCACUUGUUAUAAGAUAAAUUGUUUAUAGUUGAAAUUUGUGAGUGAAGACUGUUUACCUAUUUUAUAUUAGUAGAAGUUGUAGUGAGGCAACUAUUCAAAUAGUAGGAUAUAUUCUGUGUCUUAUCACAUACAAAUGUAUUAUGUUCCCUGUUUACCAUAUCAUAAUGACAGUUCAGCAAACUUACUGAACCAAAUGCACUUGUACAAAAUACCAAACACAGUAUUUAGGCAAAACGUUAGUGGUUUCUAUCUUUAAAGGAUACACAGUCAUAUAUUGUAAUUAUUUAGGCAAAACGUUAGUGGUUUGUAUCUUUAAAGGGUACACAGUAGUAUAUUGUAGUUGGUCAUUUACAGUUUUGAUGUUAAACUCUGUGGCCCAUGUGGCAUUUACUUGGGUAUUUUUCUACUGGUAAUUAGUUAACACGUAGCUGGCGUUAUGGUGUAUUUAAGAUGAUAAUGGUCUUCAGUGAGUGUUCAUGGAGUUUCUGGGUUCUCAGUAAUGUGGUAUGAAAGUUAGAACUCAUUUCACUAGGAUUUAUGUUGUUAAGAUUGCUAAAGCUUAAAGUAUCAUUAAUAUUUGAAGGACAGUUACAGUAUAUUGAUAUUCUUUUGCACUAAAGAUGGUCAUACAAUAUUAUCCAUAAACUGAGAACUUGCUGUAUAUAUUCCCCACAGUUAAGAGCUUUAUUUUGUUUAGGGAAUUUUGCACACAGGGUCACCAGAGUUAAUUUGCUAUUUUAUGUUUGAACAACAAAAAUUUGUAUGAGAUGUUUUAAAAGAUAAUACGAAGAAGCAAUUACUUAUCAAAUAGUUUUCAAGGUUAUAUUUGUGAGUGAAGACUUUGUUUACUCGUUUUGGGCAUUAGUAUAUAUAGUAUGUGAGAACACCCACCAGAUGCUUCAAGGUUAUGUGAGGAGUCUUUCAUGUGGUGAACUAAACUUAAAUGUCAGCUAGAAACAAUAGGUGUUAACCCUUUGAAUGCUGGUAAACAACAUAUUUAAGCUUAUCACGGUCCGGUCAGUAGUGUGUGUGUGUGUGUGUGUGCCUGAGGGGUUCAGGGACGCGGGUUUGAAUCCAUCAUAUGGUUUCAGUAUUUUCUCAGAUGUAUCACAUACUUGUGAUUUCACUGUGCAAUACUUGUUCCUUUCCACCUUUUCUCCCUUGCAUCGCAUUUUGCUAAAAAAUCUAAAAAAUAAAAUAAAAAUAAAAA